AUGGGGGUGCCUUCGCGAGAGUUCUCCGUGCCCGCGGCCGCCAAGACGGACGUCUGCGAGUAUGCGAUAAAGAUCGUGGAGAAGAAAUUUAUCCAGGUUCAAAAUCGUGGCAACCGAGUGAUCACCGAGCGCCUGAUGCUCGCGAAGAUGGACCAUCCAAAAAUUGUGCGGCUGUAUUUCGCCUUCCAGGACCUGUGGUCCCUGUACUUUGGCUUGGAACCUGUCUUGGGUGGUGACCUAGCCACACAAAUAGAGCGAAUGGGCACCUGCUCCUGGGAGUUCACACGCUUUUACACUGCGGAGAUCAUCGACAUACUCUCGUACCUCCGCCAGUGUCGGGUGGCACAUCGAGAUCUCAAGCCGGAAAACUUGCUUCUGACCUCGGAAGGUCACUUGAAGCUGGUAGACUUCGAUGCGGCCAUGCAGGUGCCAGAGCCAGACGAGGGCGAGGGCGAUGCAGCUGCCGGCCGACCUUGCGGAGGAGAGUUCCCUCCGGCCGAGAGCUUUGUGGGCACUGCGCUGUAUGUCGCUCCAGAGGUCCUUCUCGGUACGGCAAAGCCCCAGCAGGCGUUUGGUUUGGAUGUCUGGGCUUUGGGAUGCAUUGUCUAUUUGAUGACUGUCGGGAGAACACCAUUCCACGCAGAGUCAGAAUACCUGGUUUUCCAGCGUGUGCAAACCCUCGACUAUGCAUGCCCUCCACGGGUGUGGAAGAAGGCUCGACAGUUCAUCGAGGGCCUGUUGCAGCUCGCACCGCAGCAGCGGCUCGGUGUGUGCCAGGAGGGUGUGGCUGACCUUGCAGCAGCAUGA